GACUCAUCAGUGAUAAUGAGCUGCACUUAUACGUACCCUACUGGACAUCAGAUCAAGAAAGUGUUCUGGACCAAAAACGCUGUAAAGGGUGUAGAGCCUCCAGAUCUGUCUGAGGACCCUGAAUACAGUCAGAGGCUUCAGUAUCUGGGAGAUAAACAGCAGAACUGCACCAUGAGACUGAGUCAUGUGACACUGAAGGAUUCACACGAGUACUAUUUCAGAUUCAUCACUAAUAUAACAGUAGGAAAAUGGACUGGUGUUCCAGGAGUGUCUCUUACUGUCACAGAUCUUCAGGUGGAGUCUCCUGAGAGAGUGACAGAGGGAGAUUCAGUCCGUCUGACAUGUAAAAGCAGCUGCACUCUGACUGACAGAGCAACAUUCAUCUGGUACAGAAACUCACAGCCAUUAACUGAGAGAAGAGACAGAAACAAUGAACUCCUGCUGCAGUCAGUCAGAAGAGAGGAUGCAGGCAGAUAUAGCUGUGCUGUACACGGACACAAUCACAUCUCUCCUGCUGUUCAGCUCAAUGUCAUGUAUCCUCCAAAGAACGUCUCAGUGUCCAUCAGCCCAUCUGGUGAAAUAGUGUCAGGAGAUUCAGUGACUCUGAUCUGCAGCAGUGAUUCAAACCCUCCUGCUCUGAACUUCAGCUGGUUUAAAGGAGGAACGUUUGUAGGAUCUGGAAGAAUCUACAACAUCUCAAAGAUCAGCUCUGAUGACAGUGGAGAAUACAAGUGCAGAUCCAUCAAUGAACAUGGAGAGAAAUACUCUGAUAAUGUGACUUUAAACAUCAUGUAUCCUCCCAGGAACGUCUCAGUUUUAAUAACUGGAUCUGGUGAAUUAGUGUCAGGAGAUUCAGUGACUCUGAUCUGCAGCAGUGAUUCAAACCCUCCUGCUCUGAACUUCAGCUGGUUUAAAGGAAGAAAGUUUGUUGGAUCUGGAAGAAUCUACAACAUCUCAAAGAUCAGCUCUGAUGACAGUGGAGAAUACAAGUGCAAGUCCAUCAAUGAACAUGGAGAGAAAUACUCUGAUGCUGUGACUCUAAAUGUCAUGUAUCCUCCCAGGAACGUCUCAGUGUUGAUAACUGGAUCUAGUGAAAUAGUGUCAGGAGAUUCAGUGACUCUGAUCUGCAGCAGUGAUUCAAACCCUCCUGCUCUGAACUUCAGCUGGUUUAAGGAGAAUGAAAGCUCAGCUGUUGGAUCUGGACAGAGUUUCAGUGCACUACAGAGUGGACGCUUCUACUGUCAGGCUCACAAUCAACAUGGAUCUCAGAGAUCAGACGCUGUAACUGUGACUGUUAAAGGUAGAGCAGCUCAUAUACUUACAUUACUUUUUAUAAAGUGAUGCAAAUUAAUUUAG